CUCCAUUCAUUUCAUUUCCCUUCUUUUUCUCAUCAGAUGCCUUUCCCAAGUCCCUGACAUCGGACCGAGCUUUUCUCUCUCUCCUCCGUGCCCUAGAUUUCCUCGAAAAUCCCUCUUCUCGCUCUCCUUUCUCCACCUCCGAUCAUCAAAUCCUAAAAAAAUGGCGAAUGCGGCGUCAGGAAUGGCUGUGAAUGAUGACUGCAAGCUCAAAUUCUUGGAAUUGAAGGCGAAGCGGACCCACCGAUUCAUUGUCUACAAAAUAGACGAGAAACUCAAGCAGGUUAUUGUAGAAAAGCUUGGGGAGCCUGGCCAGAGCUAUGAGGAUUUUGCUGCAAGCCUUCCUGCGAACGAGUGCCGCUAUGCCAUCUAUGACUUCGACUUUGUAACAGAAGAGAAUUGCCAGAAAAGCAAGAUUUUCUUCAUCGCAUGGUCUCCUGAUAUCGCGAGGGUGAGGAGUAAGAUGCUUUAUGCUAGUUCAAAGGAUAGAUUCAGGAGGGAGCUUGACGGUAUUCAGGUCGAGUUGCAAGCCACUGAUCCUACUGAAAUGGGUCUUGAUGUUAUCAGAGGCCGUGCCACUUGAGUACGUAUUGUGGGCCCUGCAUUGAAGAUUUCCUCCGUACAGUCUGGUUGCUUUAGUGAAAUGUCUAUAGUUUCGUGCCAUGGUGAAUUUGGCUAGAUAUGAUAUUUGCUGGUUGGUCAGGUUUAUAAUACAGUCUUUCUUGUCUUGCUUUAAAACCAAAUUGGUGAUUUUCAAGUAUAUCAUGUGAUUUGUUACUUGUGGAACCUAUGUGACGAGCGUCUCUACUUGUAGUACUCUGACGUCUACAAGCUAAUGCCGUGUAACAGUUUGUGGGGUAGGCAACACCUGUAGUAUGUCUACAACUUUGGAUGGAUGCUUAACCAUUUUGCCUUUAUAAUGAUUGGGAUUGCGGAGAA